AUGGCUCAUGUGAAGCGGUUUCAAGGAAUCCCAAUGUCGAAGUCAUUGAGAGGUUUGUGUAAAGAGGAGGACUAUGCGUUUCUGGGAACAUCUCAAAAAUCAGCGGAAGAGACGGCCGAAGGAACCGGAGCUCUGAAGGACGACAGGAGAGACCCGAAGGAAGAGAGGGUCCGCCGGCGACUGGAGAGAGCCAAGCAGGAAAAAGAUAGACUCAGGGAGAUAGAGGAGUGUAAGAAGGAGAAAGAGCAGCAGUGGCAGACUCAUGUAGCAGAGCUGACCUCCAGCCAGGAGAAGACUCUGACCGACCGACUGGCACGACUCAGAAGAUUCAGGGUGACGAUGAGAGACGGACAAAUCGCGAUCUGAACCUUAACUCCAGAAACAAGUGUCCAUGUCAAACACACAGCUGACGAAUCACCCAGCUGCCGUCUGUCAUGUCUGACACGCUAACAAUCUGAGAUUCAACACCGCAGCAGACACAAGGCUUCUAGUGUUUCAAAGCUCCUGGAGAAGAGAAGAGGCUUUUAAAAAAGAUCCGACCCCCGCUAUUUAUCACACAUAGAGCGUUCCGGGACGUCGUCAUCGAGUUACACUGCGGCAACAGUUCAAGGUCACAGAUCAGGCAUCCGUUAAUGAGACUUGUCAGAGGCUCUGACAUGAAUGCAUGCUUUGAAGUCCAGGGAGCAGCUUUGGUAGAUUGAAGGGUUAGGAGCUGUCAUCAUGGAGUUAGCCUCUGCUGCGUGUCAGACCAGUGCCAAGUAAUCAUUUCCUGGACUUAAAAGAGACAACCUGUUAAUCAAAUAUUGUGGGUAUAUACGCUAAAAUUAUUUUUUUUCCUUUGCUUUUAUUGGCCGUUCAUAAAACUUCUUGCAAUUUGGCCAAAGGCAAAACCUUACGUUUUAGUUUCUUGUUGGGAGAUACUAAUUCUUACCUCGAUCCCUCAGCAUAGACUGUACAGUAUAUAGAGAUGGACGACAUCACAGCUUCUAAAAGUUAAGCCAAAUCAUCUUGAUUGCCCCCUGGUGGCUGGCUGGAUUACAGGUCUUAGACCUGUUCCCAGUUAAGAUCGUGUUACCCAUGUCCGGCACAUUUUGUCUUCAGUUUUCAACAACAAGAGGAAGUGGAGACACGUCAUCAUAUACAAUAAGGAUUUUAGAAGACUUGUAAAAAACUGCUAACUCUUUAAUUUUCUUUUCCUCUUUCUUUCCUUACACCUCUCUCGUCCUGCAGGAGUUUCAGAGGAAGGUGCUGGUAGAGGAGUCGGGGACGGAGGUCGGGGCAACCACAGUCAACCAACUUCUCACCAGGAUGUAGAUUCACCAUAAGAGGGAGUCACUCAGGAUACAUGUGUCCUGUGUUGCUCUUUAACAUGAAUAAAUCAUCAGUGUGACUGAAUGACAUGAUAAUAGAAGACAGGAUUUUAGAAUAGAUUUCAGCAAGCACUGACAGAUGCUGCACUGUCUCUAUACACUCGUAUCCCUGCUGCCCCACCUCCACCACAUCACCUUUGCUCAUGACUGGGAUUUCCAAAAACCUUCAAGAGCAGAAAAAAAAAGGUUUAAUAGACACAGGAUUUAUUUCACAUCAUAACUUUUAUGGUAAAAUUGUGCAUUUAGGCCCACUAAUGGAGAACAUGACCUCUUUGAUCCUCAACAAAUUCCUUAAAGCAAUAGUGUCCUUGGAGAGAGUUAGAUGAGAUGAUGAAUACCAUGUUUAUAUUUGUGCAUUAAUUAUGGACCAAUAAUCCCAGGAUGUGAUCAACAUACAGAUUAGCAGCCAACAAAGUCACAUGUACAGUAGAAAUGUUUCCAGCAUGUAGUUCUCCAUAAAACCACAACUUUGCCGUUUUGAAGUUUGAUGCAGAUGACGUGCUUCAGAGUGAGUCUAUGCUAAUCUAACUCAUUCCAUCUGACUCUACGUAUUAGUUCCUGAGAAAACUGUGAAACUGUAAUAAGGAAAAUAAAAAAUAAA